GUGACCUCCUGGGUGGGCAUUGCCCGGCUCUUCGCCGUCGUGUUGUCCUGCAUUGCCUUCAGCUUGGUGGCUUCCACCGGGGACUUCGGAGGUCCCUACGGCACGUGGUGCAUGUUCACCUGGUGCUUCUGCUUCGCCGUGACGCUGCUGGUGCUGGUGCUGGAGCUGCUGGAGCUCUACCCCAAGCUGCCACUCUCCUGGGAUGACUUCACCUCAGCUUUUUCCAUGCUGGCAGCGGUGAUGAUCUUCACCACCUCCCGUGCCAAGCCGGGGGACAUCAGCAGCUUCCUUUCCACCGUGCCUGGGCUCCUCAAAGUCUUCGAAGCCUACGUGGCUUGUCUCAUCUUCUCAUUGCUGGAUAACUACACUUUGAAAGCCGGCCUGCAGUGGUGCGUGGCUGUCUACUCCAUCUGCUUCAUCAUCACCCUCCUCAUCAUCAUCUUCACCAUUGGCCGGUGCCUCAGCUACAUCCCCUGCCCGCUGGAGAAGAUGCUGGUGGCCUACAACGCCCUG